GUCCACCAUGCCUACGUGCGUGCCGCGAGCCGCGCCGAGGCUGCCCACCACCCCCUCGCCCUGCUGAGGCCAUGGGGCUGCUGCUGCCACUGCCACCACCACGGGGAUUUCGGCUUGGCAAGGGGACCCUCGAUGCGUCUGCCAUGGUGACAUGAAGCGGACAGCGAGGGACGCCGGACUGCUGGAAGGGAGAGAGCCUGCACAGGCUGCCUGCUAGUGUUUUAAUUUAUUAGAAGUAUUCAGUUUUGUUUUACCUAUUUUUUUUUUACUAAGAAGUUGGUUGCUUCUUCCCCUCCCCGGGGCUUGCGAGGGGAGGGGGUGAGCAGGGGAGAGGGGCCCCACCUCGCCCCACGGAUGCAAGGAUGACUGUGCUGGCCAGGGCCCGGCGGGGUAUCCGGCAGCUCUCUCCGCAGGUGGUGUUGCUCCUUCUCUUCAUCUUCUGCCUGCUCAGUGUUUUCAUCUCUGCGUAUUAUUUAUAUGGGUGGAAAAGGGGCUUGGAGCCCUCCGGGGAUGUGGUGGGUCCGGACUGUGAUGAGCCCAAGGUCGCCCCUUCUCGUUUGCUGCCACUGAAAGCCCUCAAGGUGGCCGACUCCUCCCGCACGGACCCCUUGGUGCUGGUUUUUGUGGAGAGCCUCUACUCCCAGCUGGGCCAGGAGAUCGUGGCCAUUUUGGAGUCGAGCCGCUUCAAGUACAGGACAGAGAUUGCCCCGGGGAAGGGGGACAUGCCCACACUGACUGACAAAGACCGGGGACGUUUUGCCCUCAUCAUCUACGAGAACAUCCUCAAGUACGUCAACCUGGACGCCUGGAACCGGGAGCUGCUGGACAAAUACUGCGUGGAGUACGGUGUGGGCAUCAUCGGCUUCUUUAAGGCCAACGAGAACAGCCUGCUUAGUGCCCAGCUGAAGGGCUUCCCCCUCUUCCUGCACUCCAACCUGGCGCUGAAGGACUGCAGCAUCAACCCCAAAUCGCCCCUGCUGUACAUCACUCGCCCCAGCGAGGUGGAGAAGGGUGUGCUCCCUGGGGAGGACUGGACCGUCUUCCAGUCCAACCACUCAACCUACGAGCCGGUUCUCCUGGCCAAGACCAAGUCAGCUGAGUCCAUCCCGCACAUGAGUGUGGAUGCGGCGCUGCACACCACUGUGAUGCAGGACCUGGGCCUCCACGACGGCAUCCAGAGGGUGCUUUUUGGCAACAACCUCAACUUCUGGCUUCACAAGCUCAUCUUCGUGGACUCUGUCUCCUUCCUGACAGGAAAGAGGCUCUCCCUGCCCCUCGACCGCUACAUCCUGGUGGACAUCGAUGACAUCUUUGUGGGCAAGGAGGGCACCCGCAUGAAGGUGGAAGAUGUCAAGGCGCUGUUCAACACGCAGAAUGAGCUGCGCACCCACAUCCCGAACUUCACCUUCAACCUGGGAUACUCAGGGAAAUUCUUCCACACGGGUACCGAUGCUGAGGAUGAAGGCGAUGACCUGCUGCUGUCCUACGUGAGGGAGUUCUGGUGGUUUCCCCACAUGUGGAGCCACAUGCAGCCUCACCUGUUCCACAACCAGUCGGUUCUUGCCGAGCAGAUGACCUUAAACAAGAAAUUCGCUGUCGAGCAUGGCAUCCCCACUGACAUGGGGUACGCUGUGGCCCCCCACCACUCGGGUGUGUAUCCUGUCCAUGUGCAGUUGUACGAAGCUUGGAAGCAGGUUUGGUCAAUCAAAGUGACGAGCACGGAAGAGUACCCUCACCUGAAACCUGCUCGGUAUCGCCGUGGCUUCAUUCACAAUGGUAUCAUGGUACUGCCCCGUCAAACCUGUGGCCUCUUCACACACACCAUCUUCUACAACGAAUACCCCGGUGGCUCCAGUGAGCUGGACAAAAUCAUCAACGGGGGUGAACUGUUCCUGACUGUGCUCCUCAACCCUAUCAGCAUCUUCAUGACCCAUCUGUCCAAUUACGGCAACGACCGCCUGGGCUUGUACACCUUCAAGCACCUGGUCCGCUUCCUCAACUCCUGGACCAACUUGAAGCUGCAGACGUUGCCGCCUGUGCAGCUGGCACAGAAAUACUUCCAGAUCUUCUCUGAAGAGAAGGACCCGCUGUGGCAGGACCCAUGUGAAGAUAAACGGCACAAAGACAUUUGGUCCAAAGAAAAGACUUGUGACCGAUUCCCAAAGCUUCUCAUCAUUGGGCCUCAAAAAACAGGAACGACUGCCCUUUAUCUCUUCUUGGGGAUGCACCCAGACCUGAGCAGCAACUACCCCAGCUCAGAGACCUUUGAGGAGAUACAGUUCUUCAACGGACACAACUAUCACAAGGGCAUCGACUGGUACAUGGAGUUCUUCCCCAUCCCCUCCAACACCACCUCUGACUUCUACUUUGAGAAAAGUGCCAACUACUUUGACUCAGAAGUGGCUCCCCGGCGAGCCGCAGCCCUGCUCUCCAAGGCCAAAGUCAUCACCAUCCUCAUCAACCCUGCAGAUCGAGCCUACUCCUGGUAUCAGCACCAGCGAGCUCACAAUGACCCGGUGGCCCUGAAAUACACCUUCCAUGAGGUGAUCACAGCAGGACCCGAGGCUGCUCCGAAGCUCCGGACCCUACAGAACCGCUGCCUGGUGCCAGGCUGGUAUGCUACCCACAUCGAGCGCUGGCUGAACAGCUACCACGCUAACCAGAUCCUGGUCCUGGAUGGCAAACUGCUCCGAACGGAACCUGCCAAUGUGAUGGAGACAGUCCAGAAAUUCCUUGGUGUGACCAACUUCAUCGAUUACCACAAGACCCUGGCGUUUGAUCCAAAGAAAGGAUUCUGGUGUCAGCUUCUGGAUGGAGGGAAAACGAAAUGCUUGGGAAAGAGCAAAGGGAGGAAGUACCCUGAGAUGGAUUCGGAUUCACGUGCGUUCCUGCGGGACUAUUACAGGGACCAUAACAUAGAGCUCUCCAAGCUCCUGUACAAAAUGGGGCAGACACUGCCCACCUGGCUGCGGGAGGAGCUGCAGAGCACCAGGUAGCUGCCGCCCGCUGCCUGCCCAGCAAUUCCCGAGCGGGGCCAAGCCCUGCAUCCAGCGGGAUCUUCCUCAGCAAUACCCGGCCGUGGCCUUGGAAGGGACCCCAGGAGCAGACAGCUGUGCCAGACGCUGCCCAAGCAGUGGCCUGAUCGCAGUCCCUGUGCUGCCACCUCUCUGCCAACCUCGCAUUUCUCUUUGAUUUAGUUUUCCUUUUUAAUUUCUAGGCCUGUCAGUGAGGUCCUUUUCUGCCCUGUUCCAGUAUGGGGAAGCGGCACAAACUCCCCCUUUCUCUGCCCAAAGCAGGCCCUGACUCCCCUGGGCCUAGAAUCAUAGAACAUCCCGAGUUGGAAGGGGCUCACAAGGGUCAUCGAUUCCAACUUUUGUCCCAGCAUUUGGCCAACACGCUCAGAACUGUGGUGUCAAUGUAGGGAUUGUCCUGUGCAGGGCCAGGAGCUGGACUUGAUGAUCCUUGUGGGUCCCUUCCAACUCUGGACAUCCUCUAAUUCUAUGAUAAGAAUUGACACAUCUCCAUGCUUCAGAGGUACAGGUUCCUGAAAACAACCAGCAUUCAGCUGCGUAGGAUUUACUGUAUUUAAAUUAGGCAGUAGUGCCUCCUUGUUUUCAUUUACUUCAGUCUUACAAUGCUCUUCCGAGACCUGAGGAAAUCGGAUGCCAGUAUCACAUUCUAUUCUCCUUCCAAAUAAACAAGAUCUUGUAGUCAGUGGAAAAGUAAAUCCAUCAUAAGCUCCGAGGGCAGAGGAGAAACUCUGGGCACGCUGGAGGUGACUUUGCUGAGCUGGAGCAGAGGAACGAAGCUAGUGGACACCCAAAGCAUGGAAGGACUUGGACCCGCUCCUGCCAUUGGCCUCGUGGCAGGAAGCAGGAGAGCUCGCUGGAUUCCCCCACCAUCUACUUGAAAAAGCUGUGAACAAGGUGGAUUUUUCUUUCAAAGACUCCUGUCAUCUCUGUUGGUUUUCAAGCUCCUCAAUCUUGAGUUGGAUUUGAUGAUCCUUGUGGGUCCCUUCCAACUGAGGACAUUCUAUGAUUCUAUGAAGCUCUUCCUCCCCGUCUACGGGCAACGCAGUGGGACCAUGGCUGAGCAGAAGGAUCCGGUGUGCUGGUCCCAGCGUGCUGACCCCAGCCUGCUUCCAUCCCCACCAAACCCUCCCUUUGCAAUCUUGUACACACGUGGUGUUUCCUGUGGUAAAGCUGAGCAGCGUCCAGCGUCCCCCAGCGUGGAGGAGCACCGGCCCUUGGGGACUGGGUGGAUGUUGGGACAACAGCAGUCGGAAGGAUGCUGAGAACUUCGAACCUCUUGACUAUUAAAAAUGAAAGUAUUUUAAUAAUGUUGGGGUGCGGGAGGGGGUGGGGGGUUGUUUGGUUCCCAUUUUGCAGGGCGUUGUUUUUCUUCAGUGCGGGAAUUUGUACCUAAACCCUGAGGGUUUUAUGUGGUCUCUUUGGUGGUACAUGUGACAUGGACAAAAGUCGGUGGGGAAACUGAGGAAGGUUUCCCAGAUGGAGACGUGUCUUUAUACUGGUGGUGCUAUAUGGAGCUGCAGCCCCGACUCUGCCUCUCCUCCACCCCCGAGUUCCACUGCCUGGGCUCGCAAAUGAGACUGAGCCAUUGCAAGAUUACCGGGAUGAAGGCUCAGAUUUCCCUUUGGAUGGAGCUGCUCUGCAGGAUGCGGGAUGGCAACGGUUGCUGCUGGAGGUGAAGGCAGUACCUGGAAUGCUGCUCUUGCCUCCAGAGCAGAGCCAGGGCAGUGCAGGGGGAAUGUAGUAUUUCACCCUGGAUGAUGAAGCGGCACCGCUGGCAGUGGGAUUUCCCAACUGGUUAUUUUUGCAGGAGGCCCUGUAGCCAUGCCUGGAGCCAGGGGGGGCUGCACGUCCCCUUUGCCCCUCGGUGGGGUGGCAUGGGGAGAGGCUCCUGGGCACUGGUGUAAGGUCCUGUUGAACCAACUACUAAUAAAUUGGGGGGGGCUCUGGUUUUAC